AUGGUCUUUCUCAAACUUCAGAUAACUUGGGUUACUUCUCGGUGCGCUCUUUGCUCAUUCUUGCAGCGAUGCAGCGUGCCUCGGGGGAACGGAGAGACACAGCGCCGAUAUUAUAUACAGGGAGCGCACUUUGUAGUACGAGUAAUACUCAAAUCCUGCUCGAACCCUCCAACCAGCUCAUCCGGUCCCGAGACGCGACAGCCGUUUAACUCUGCUACUCGUCGGUUCGAUGGCUGCCGCUACCGACGCCGAAGGGGUAUGACACCGCGGCGACCGAGCUUCAUGGUGGGCCGCAGGCAGCGGCGAGCGGGCUCCAAAGGCGGCAGAGAGAAGGGCUCGUCGGCUGGCCAGGCGGUUAUCCAAGCGCCACGCUGCGCGGCGCGAGCGGCGUCGAGGGCCGUGUAUGCGCCCGGAUGCAUGAUGCCGGGCAUUGUGGUCGGCUGCGCGUAUGCUUUCGUAGUAGAGCCGAGGGGCCUAUCGGGUUCGCGAUGUGCCGCAGGUCGAACGAAACGUUGUAGGAACAAGGCGGGCCGCGCCGGCGGUGGCAAGGCAAGUAGUGGUCGCGGGCAAAGGAGUGCGGGACGUGGCUUUCAGGCAAACAAUGGCUUUGUCGUUUUUGUUUCCCAUACGGGCACAGGCGGAACGAUGUGGUUUGUUUGUUUUUUUUUGUUUCUUGGGUUCAGAGUCUUGGAGCCACGGGCCACAGAGCAGGCAGAGAGAUGA